AUGUCGGACCGUAAAUAUGAGGUCAUAAAACAAGACCAAGAACUUCUUUUUAGUUCUAUUCAAAAAAUCGCUAAUCGAGUUCAAUCUGCAAUCAAUCCACCCCGCCAGUUAUUGCUUGGACGUUUAUCCAAUUUACAAGAUUUUUGGGAGAAAUGUCGAGUAAAUCACGUGCAGCUAACUGCAACCACACAAUCGGCCACUGAAAUCGACGAAACUAUUGACAUGUAUGAUCCUGACAAAUUUUUCGAAAUCGAGGAGACUUACGAGGAUGCCGUGGACUUCAUCCUAUCCAAACUACCAGAUCAACCGAUUAUUCAGAGAGCAAGUGACAGGUCUCCAUCUGGAGAUCAUUCGACGGCUACAAAUGCAAGGUCAUCGACGUCAUCAGUUCAUCUGCCUCGCAUCAACAUCCCCACAUUUUCUGGAUCGUAUAGUGAGUGGCUUUCAUUUCGAGACUUAUUUACUUCGCUAAUUAUCAAUAAUAAUUGUAUUUCCGACGCAGAAAGAUUACAUUAUCUUAAACUCAGUUUAAAAGACGAAGCAUUAAUUAUCGCUCAAAAUCAGCCCGGUAAUGCUGAUGACUUUAAAUUAAUUUGGCAAAAUCUAGAAUCACGGUAUAAUAACAGUAAAGCUUUAAUUUUUGAUUAUUUAAAAAGGAUUACUGAUUUUCCGGAUAUAACUGUUGAUUUUUUAAACAACUUAAAAAGUUUACGCAAUUUGAUUAUAACUGUUACUACCGCUUUGAAAAAUUUACAACGCCCUAUUGAUGAGGGGAACGAUCUUUUUAUUUUUAUUCUAAUAAACAAACUCGACAAAUUGUCUCGUGAUCAGUGGGAAUUGCUCGUCAGUGAUACAACAGAUCCUCCCUCUCUCGAUCAAUUUAAUAAAUUUUUAGAUUCACGCAUUCGUGCACUUGAAGCAUCUGCAGCAACAAAAAAGCGAAAACAUCAUCGCAAUGUGUGUGAGAGUAAAAAUGUUUGUUCUGUGUGUAAGAAACAACAUCAUUCGCUUUUACAUCGUGAUCAAAAUGUAAAUACCGCUUCUUUGAAAGAAUUGAAAUUAAAAGAAAGUGACUACACACAAGAUGCUUCAAGUUCACAAAACAAAUCAGAAACUGAAUCUUUCAAACUUUCUAAUCACCUUAAUGCUACAGAAAAACGAACAGCUGUUCUUUUAGCGACAGCUCGAGUAAUUGUUGAAGCGGCUGAUGGGCGCCGAGUGCAAGUUCGUGCCUUGCUCGAUCAAGGCUCCGAGGCUUCUUUCGUGUCUGAAUCUGUUGUUCAAUUGUUGCGACUUCCUCGAAAAUCAUCAAAUGUUUCUGUUUCCGGAUUGGGCGGAAAUUUCUCGAAAAAAGUCUUAUUUUCAGUCCCUCUUGUAGUGAAACCUGUCAAAUCGGGAUCUGAAUUAUUCACAACCAGAGCGUUCGUUUUGCCCAAAAUCACCAGUUACAUUCCGACAGAAUUCGCUCUCGCAAAUAUUCCGCCAAACUUACGUGAUUUAGAAUUUGCAGAUCCAUGUCCAUGGUCUACUGAACCAAUCGAUCUUCUCAUCGGUGCUGAUUUAUAUGGCAAGACAUUGUGCACCAAUUUUUCGGCUGGAUCCCUUUCUGUACCAGUUCAAGUGACCCUUACUCAAUCGCAUCAUGUCAAUGUUCACCUCUGUAUCAAUGAAAUUGAUAACAAUCUGCGCAGAUUCUGGGAAUUGGAGGAAAUUCCAUCUAAUCCCAUUUUGACUAAGGCUGAACGUGAAUGUGAGACUUAUUUUUCUGAAACAACUGAAAGAUUGCCAAGCGGUAGGUUCCAAGUCAAACUUCCUUUUAAUCAACCUCCAACGGUGUUAGGUGACUCUCUUAAAAUUGCUACUGCUUCUCUCAACAAUGAUUCCAACUCGCAAAAGGUUUUUAUUCCUCAUCAUUGUGUAAUGCGAGAACUCAGUCAAACAACCAAAUUAAGGGUUGUUCUUAAUGCAUCAAGCCCAACCGCUAAUGGAAUUUCGCUUAAUGAUUGUUUACACAUUGGUCCCAAAUUGCUAAAUGAUAUUUUGUCUAUUCUUUUAAGGUGGCGUCAACAUCAAUUCGUUUUCUGUGCCGACAUAGCAAAUAUGUUUCGGCAAAUUUUAGUGUCUCCAGAGGAUCGGAAAUAUCAAUGCAUUCUCUGGCGCGAUUCUCCUGAUCUUCCGCUCCAAGUCUACGAAUUAAAUACUGUCACGUAUGGCAUGAGAAGUUCUCCGUACCUGGCAAAUCGUGUUAUGCGCCAAUUAGCUCUUGACGAACAAAAAAGAUUUCCCAUAGCUGCUUGUGUUCUUUAUAACGACACAUAUGUAGAUGACACUUUUGUAGGAGGAUCGGAUAAACCUUCGACAAUAAAACUAAGAGACAAUCUUAUCGAAUUGACCAAACUUGGAGGAUUUCCUUUGCGUAAAUGGUGCAGCAAUGAUUCGGAUUUGCUUCAAGAUUUAUCUGAAAUGGAACACGGAAUAGCAGUAGAGAUUCCUCUCGGUGAAUCUUUAGGGUUUAAAGUCCUAGGAAUUUUUUGGGAACCUUCUACCGACGCUUUUAUUUAUCGCUUUUCAAAAUUGUCAUCCGAGAAUCCAUCAAAACGUACUUUAUUAUCAGCUGUUGCAAGUCUUUUUGAUCCAAUGGGAUGGAUUUCUCCCGUUACAAUUACGGUCAAAAUUCUUUUACAAAAAUUGUGGUUACGAAAACUCGAUUGGGAUGAUGAAUUGCCCUCUGAUUUGGCUCACGAAUGGCGUGAAUUUUGUGAAAAAUUGCCCUGUUUGUCUCAGGUUUCGAUUCCCAGGUGGCUUACUACAAAUAACAAUUUGACAUCAAUUCAGAUACACGGAUUCUCGGAUGCCUCGAGUAUCGCUUAUGGUGCUGCAGUGUAUUGUCGUGUCAUCGACUCUUCAAAAAAUAUUUCAGUAAAAUUGUUAAUCGCAAAAACAAGAGUUGCUCCGCUCAAAACCGUAAGUAUUCCUCGGCUAGAAUUAUUAGCCGCUACUCUUUUAUCAACUCUUAUCAAAUUCGUUAUCAAAUCUCUUAAAUUUAUCGAUGUACCGAUUUUUUGUUGGACAGACUCUACCAUUGUCCUCAGCUGGUUACAAAAACAACCAUCCACGUGGACAUUAUUCGUCGCUAAUAGGGUGUCUUCGAUUCAAACAGACUUACCUACAGCCGUAUAG